GUUGCUCACCCCCCAGGCUAUCCUCUUUUCACUCUUUUGGCUAAACUGGCAAUUGAGCUGCUCCAUUUCGGCUCGGUCGCUUUCCGCGUGAACCUGCUCUGCGCUGUGCUCGGAGCCGCCGCAGCGCCGUUUUUCUUUUACACCGUGGCCAG